AUGGGGUUGACAGCACAACAUGGAGAAGGCCAUCCCAAACCAGAAGGAGAUCAAAGGGAAGAGCCUCCUACUGUCAAGGAGAAGAUCUCAGAAGAAUCUUUGCAGAGGGACAGGUCAAUGGAGUUCUCCACCUGGCAAAAGAUGCCAUUCCAUCAUGUCACAGCUGGGCUGCUGUACAAAGGAAACUAUCUGAACCGGUCCCUCUCGGCAGGAAGUGACAGUGAACAGUUGGCCAACAUCUCAGUGGAAGAAUUGGAUGAAAUUCGAGAAGCUUUCCGAGUCCUGGACCGGGAUGGCAAUGGCUUCAUUUCCAAACAGGAGCUGGGAAUGGCCAUGCGCUCUCUGGGAUACAUGCCUAGUGAGGUGGAACUGGCAAUUAUUAUGCAGCGGUUGGACAUGGAUGGAGAUGGUCAAGUUGAUUUUGAUGAAUUCAUGACGAUCCUUGGGCCUAAACUGGUCUCCUCAGAAGGGCGGGAUGGCUUUUUGGGCAAUACAAUUGACAGCAUAUUCUGGCAGUUUGACAUGCAACGGAUAACACUGGAGGAGCUUAAACACAUCCUCUACCAUGCAUUCCAGGAUCACUUAACCAUGAAGGACAUUGAAAAUAUUAUCAUCAAUGAAGAGGAGAGUUUAAAUGAGAACUCUGGUAACUGUCAAACAGAAUUUGAAGUGCAUUCCCAGAAACAAAAUCGACAGACCUGCGUACGGAAGAGUUUAAUAUGCGCUUUUGCUAUGGCCUUUAUUAUCAGUGUCAUGUUGAUCGCAGCCAAUCAGAUCCUCCGAAGUGGCAUGGAGUAG